GGGAAACACUAAUUACCGACAAAGAAGUUAUUUACAUAUGUCCUUUCAAUGGCCCCAUUAAGGGAAGAGUUUACAUCACAAAUUAUCGUCUUUAUUUAAGAAGUUUGGAAACGUUCUUGCCUUGAGUUCCUUCUCUGACUUCCCUUCAUGAUGGACUGUAAUCUUCAAAGUGAAAUGAAGCCUUUCCUCCCCAGGUCGCUUUUAGUCAUUGUGUUUAUCGCAGCAAUAGAAAGUAAACUUGCACAGGACCCAUGACAGAGCUAUCUUUGAACAUUGAAGUGCCUUUCUGUGGACGAAUGUUUAUAUUUGGUUUGUUCAGUUUCCAGGAAUCUUAUAGGUAUAGAUUGAGAUGCUUGCUGCUAAUAUAUAAGAAUUAUCAAAAAAAUAGAAUUAAAGCUAUGUCACAGGCCUUUUCACCUUAGAGACUCCUGGCUUGUUGACUAGCCAUGCAUAUUUGGUUUCAUUUUAUGCUGCCCUUGAUAAUGAAUUGGAGAAAUUAUUCAAAUUGUGGUGACAUGACAAGGCUGUCUAUAUUGUAUGGUUUUGACUACAUAAAACAAUAAAAAUUUUUCUAGAGAAGAGUCCAUAGGGAAUAUAUAUGAAAAGCUUCAAUUCUUUGGUUAACCAGAGCAGGAUUAUAUACAUACUCUAUUUUUUUCUCAUUUGUUGGUACUUCUCAAAAUACCUAAAAUGAGUAUGUAUCACUUUUAUAAUUAAAAAAAAACACUUAGCAAGCUUAUUAUGUAGACUUUAUACUAUUUGUUUUGAAAAUAUUUCCAAUUGAAAUAGAAUUAUAUCCCUUCCUCAUUUUCUUCUUUUCAGACCUUCCCAGUUACUCUUCCACAAAUUCCUUUCAUGUUCCCCACUCUCAAGUUGAUAACCUUCUUUUGUCUUAUUAUAUUUGCUGAACAUACAUGUAUAUGUAUAUAUCCAUUGAUAUUCUAUUGUUUCAGUCUUGUUCAUGCAGCUAUUUCUACAGAGACUGUUUCACAGAAGACUUCCAGGAUUCUGCUCUAAUACUUGAUGUUCCUCUGGGUGUGAUAUCAAGAAUUGAAAAAAUGGGAGGCGCGACAAGUAGAGGAGAAAAUUCCUAUGGUCUAGAUAUUACUUGUAAAGAUUUGAGAAACCUGAGGUUCGCAUUGAAGCAGGAAGGCCACAGCAGAAGAGAUAUGUUUGAAGUCCUCACAAGAUAUGCCUUUCCUCUGGCACACAGUCUGCCAUUAUUUGCAUUUUUAAAUGAAGAGAAGUUUAAUGUGGAUGGGUGGACUGUUUAUAAUCCAGUUGAAGAAUACAGAAGGCAGGGCCUACCUAAUCACCACUGGAGGAUAACUUUUAUUAAUAAGUGCUAUGAACUCUGUGACACAUACCCUGCUCUUUUAGUGGUUCCCUAUCAGACCUCAGAUGAUGAUCUCAGGAGAGUUGCAACUUUUAGAUCCCGAAAUCGGAUUCCUGUACUGUCAUGGAUUCAUCCAGAAAACAAGAUGGUCAUUAUGCGCUGCAGUCAGCCUCUUGUCGGUAUGAGUGGUAAAAGAAACAAAGAUGACGAGAAAUACCUGGAUGUGAUCAGGGAAACUAACAGACAAAUUUCUAAGCUCACGAUUUAUGAUGCACGACCCAGUGUAAAUGCAGUGGCCAACAAGGCAACAGGAGGAGGAUAUGAAAGUGAUGAUGCAUAUCAUAACGCCGAACUUUCUUUCUUAGACAUUCAUAAUAUUCAUGUUAUGCGUGAAUCUUUAAAAAAAGUGAAAGACAUUGUUUAUCCCAACAUUGAAGAAUCUCAUUGGUUGUCCAGUUUGGAGGCUACUCAUUGGUUAGAACAUAUCAAGCUUGUUCUGACAGGAGCCAUUCAAGUUGCAGACAAAGUUUCUUCAGGGAAGAGCUCAGUGCUUGUGCACUGCAGUGACGGAUGGGACAGGACUGCUCAGCUGACAUCCCUGGCUAUGCUGAUGCUGGACAGUUUCUACAGGAGUAUUGAAGGCUUUGAAAUAUUGGUACAAAAAGAGUGGAUAAGUUUUGGACAUAAAUUUGCAUCUAGAAUAGGUCAUGGUGAUAAAAAUCAUGCUGAUGCUGACCGAUCUCCUAUUUUUCUCCAGUUUAUUGACUGUGUGUGGCAGAUGUCAAAACAGUUCCCCACAGCUUUUGAGUUCAAUGAACGCUUUUUGAUUACGAUCUUGGAUCAUCUGUAUAGCUGUCGAUUUGGUACUUUCUUAUUUAACUGUGAAUCGGCUCGAGAAAGACAGAAACUUACAGAAAGAACAGUUUCUGUAUGGUCGCUAAUUAAUAGCAAUAAAGACAAAUUCAAAAACCCCUUCUAUACAAAAGAAAUCAAUCGGGUUUUAUAUCCAGUUGCCAGUAUGCGCCACUUGGAACUGUGGGUGAAUUACUACAUUCGAUGGAAUCCCAGAAUCAAGCAACAACAGCCCAACCCAGUUGAGCAGCGUUACAUGGAGCUCUUGGCCUUGCGUGAUGAAUAUAUAAAGAGGCUUGAGGAAUUGCAGCUUGCCAACUCUACCAAGCUUUCUGACCCCCCUGCUUCGCCUUCCAGUUCCUCACAGAUGAUGCCUCAUGUGAAAACUCACUUCUGAGGGGAUCACUGGCACUGCACUUGAGCUCUAGAUAAGUGAAAUAGUUGACUUUCAUUUUGGGCAUGUGUACAAAGUAGAUUUAAAAUAUCUGCCUCCAUUUAGAAGUUAAACUAACAUCUUAGACUCUUGAGUAUGUGCCUUCUGUAAUACAUAUUACAAGAAAUCUACGGUGUCUGUGUGGCAAUUCGAAGAAAGGAGUCGAGUGGGUUCUGGAAAAUCCUCACAAUUUUUUACAAAGCACUUUUACUAGGAUAAAAAUUUAAAUUUAAUUUACCUCUAUAUAAAUGCUACAUAUACAAUAUGUAUUUUGUGGGCUUAAUUGAAACAUUAUUUUAAAUCCAGGGGGGAAAUGUGUUUGUAAAAUGGAUUUUACUACAGCUGCUUAUAACAGUUGCUCUGGAUUAUCUAAAAUGAAUCCAAAUGUGAAAGUUGGGUAUUACUGCCAAAGCCAAAUUGCACUCUGCUUCCUCGGCUGAUUCCAAGAGCAAGGCAUUGAAAUAAUUGCUAAUUUUUAUACCACCAUAAGUGGUAAUGUAAGAAAAAAAGAUGAGCAUUUCAUCAUUUUGAAAUUUUGAAAAUAAAAGGUUCUCCCAUCAUUUUUCCAAGAGAAACAUAUUUUUAUAUUUUUUUUUAAAAGUGAUGUGGUUUGAUUUUUCUCCUUAACUUUGCCAGCUUUGCUUUCUAAAUUCCCCCAUGAGCUUGUCUAACACUGAGUCAUGCUCAGGUUGAGGCAACCCCCAAAUAUAGCACUGUGUGAGGAUGUCAGCUGCCUUCUGCUGCUUAGGUAAAUAUUUUUGCAAACACACCUCUAGUCAGUGCAGCUUAUCUGCCAAAGUGUAGGUUUUACCGUCUUGGAUGGAUGAGCUAUGGCUAGAGCAUCUUUCUUUAAAAUAAUGCCCCAGGUGUACAUUUUUUAGUGUAUUCUUAAAAGUAUUCUGUUUAUGUAUCUCUGUUUAAAUGGUGUUGGGUUCCUCCUCCAUGUGCAUGUAUAAAAACUGGCUCUGCACAUUGUUACUUGAAAUACUGGGCAGUUUAUUUUUUCAUUUUGUUUUAUAGUAUGAAGUGAAAUUUUAAAUGCACAGUUCUAUUUGAUAUCUGAACUAAUUCAUUUCAUAAAUAUAUUUGUAAAAGCUAAAGCUAGAGCUAAAGCAAUUAAUGUUUUACAGUAAUUUAUAAAGAUUAUUUAUAGCUAAUAUGGUUUUGUUUUCAGUGAAUUAAGAGAGAUUAAAUUUAUCAUUGUAAAUUAUUAUAUGUCUUAGCUUACCAGUUUACCCAAUAAGACAUCUCAAAUAUAGUAGUGUAAUGUAUGAACUUUGUAAGUAUAAAAAAGUAUUAGAUAUUCUUUUGCUUUUUGUAAAUGCUGUAAAUAUUUCAUAAAUUAAAAAAGUGUCACUCUAUAAAAAGAAAAGAAUGCUAUUACUAAUAGUUCAAAGGACUUUGUAAAAUUUCAUGAAAACAUUUUCAUGACAAAAAAUAUUAAAGAACUGCUGUAAUAAAUGUAUUAAAUAAAACCUAACAAUUUCCAGGG